AUGAAGCGAAGGGCACCUCUAAUUAUCGUUACUCAAUCGUCGCAACAAAACUUUCCAAGCAAAGUUACUUCUGAACUCACAUUCGAUAAUUGCAAUGGUUUUCGCGUGAUAAAAUGCAAUGAUGAGGAGAGCAGCGACGUGGAAGAAGAAAUGCAAGCAGGCGAUUAUGACUAUGAUGUGACGGUAUCGGAAGUAAUUAAAUUACCUUUAGAAGGUAACAAAAAAUUGGACAGAAAACCAAAAGGUGAUUUGUACUCAACAAUGACAACCUUAGAAAAGCAGUGUGAACGUUCCACUUCUCCUAUUCCCUUCGACGAAAGUGAUUUUGACGUAGAACUCAUUGUCAGAAUGCCAUCAAGAAAUGAUGAUAGCCGUGGACGGGUAGUUUCUGAAACGAUGGCCAUACCAGCUCCAAUAUUCACCACGUCUGUGAGCUAUGAUGGCAUGGAUUAUUGGGACUCUGCACAAGAGGAAUCGGUUCCGUCAUUAUCGGAUUAUGAAGAUAUUGAAAAUUAUGAUACAUAUGAAUGUGAAUCAAGAACUAGAAGUGCUUUAGAAGUUGAAGAUUAUCGUCCAUCAUCUUCAAGCUUAGGCGUUUACUUCAGUCCAGCAUCAUUUUCAAGUGAUGAUGAUUAUCGAGACAGCGUUGAAGUUGGGUGCACUUUGAAGCUUGUCCAGAAGGCAGCAUUAAGAGAUACAAAUGAGGAGGACUCAUCAAGUGAAUACUAUGAAUCUGAGUACGAAGAUGAAAUGUACAGCGAACUUGGAGAAGAUGAGGAAUACAGUGACGUAGUGGAAGAUGAUUUUGGAUGUGACGAUGACGAAGCAUUAGAUAAUGUAAUAAAUAACUGGCGUGUACCUGGAAGUGACUUAGAUGAAGGAAGUCGAGAGAAUGCUAGUAAAGUUUCAUUAUUGUCAAUACCGCAAGUGAGGAUUGCCUCAGUGCUAGAAGAAGAAUUUGAAGUUGAUGAAACAUGCAAUGAAACUGUCGAAGAAACAGAGGAUCUGAACAGAAUUGAAGAAAGUCUUAAAGAAGUUGAAAAUGAAGUAGGAGAAGAAUUAGCAGAAAAAUAUCGAGAAGUAACUUACACGAAAGAAAUGGAUUUGGAUCACAAUGCCGAGCAAGCAUCAAAACUUGUUAUCGAAAUAACCGAAGAUGCUGCCAAAGAAGGUAUAACUGAGGGAGCAACAAAAACAGCUGCUCGGAAGACAGUACGACAACACGUGGUACCCACAGUUGAUAAGGUUGAUGUGGUUCAGGCUCACGAGCUAUCAGAGCAGAAGCCAGAAGAAGUUGAAGCGACUCUGAAAGAGCACGAUGAAAGAACAGAAGAAAAGCAAAUUGAAGUAAUUCCAACUUAUGUGAAGCCAACUACUACGAAUUACUUCGUUGAUAGCGCCAGACCUUUUACUGAACGUAGGCCAAGCAGUGAUUGGGCCAAGAAGGCAGUUGUUCAACCUGCCAAAUUUCAAACAGCUAAAGUUGAGAAGACACAAGUUUGUCUUAAUGAUGUGACACCAUCAAAGCAAGGGAGAGCUUCAGACGACGAUAUCAGCUUUGUAACUGCUCCAUCUCCUACACAAAUUUCAAGGCCAACAUCUGCCCUCUCAGCAACUUCAUCAACUUCAAGUCAUAAAGAUGAUAAAUCAGCGAUUCGAAAGUCAAUUUUAAACAUGCCAGAAGCUGAAGCCAGAAAAGCGCAAGCACUAGAAGAAGCGCAAUUAAAGCAAGACUCGAGAAAGCAUGGCAUUGUUAGCACGCUAAGUGAUAAAUUCAAAUCAUCUGAGAUUCAAACCAAAAUAUACAAUUAUAAGCGGUCACCGAUGUUAACUACUCAAAAUGAUGAAGUCAGGCACAAACGUACGUAUACUCCAAUUGCUGUACCAGUAAUAGAUGACAGUUUUGAUAAACAGAUGAAAGCAAUUCGUGAACAAAUGCAAAUUGGAAAUACUUCACUGAGAUCGCAAUUUAAUGACCUCAAACGAGGGAUUGCGAUGGUCACCGAUGACGCAAGACGCUCAACUCUCGAACAGAAACACAAACAACUUUUAAAAGAAGCAAAUCAGACAUUUGGAACAAUUGAAACUAAUUUGAAAAACUGGAAAGAAAAUCGUAUCGAUGAAAAUCAAAAAGAAGGAAAGCAUUUACGUAGAAGUAAAAUUCAACCCGUAACAGUGCCUUCCUUUGCGAUAGAAGCACAACCUGGGCUAAGUAAAGCUGCUGGAUGUUCAGUACAUUCACAGGAAAGUACUGCACCACUUUGUGCUAAUGAAUCUUUAAAUUCAGAAUUUAUUUUUAAAACAGAAGUCAAAAAAGAGCAAAUAAUUGCGCCAACUUCGGCCUCUAAAGUUGAAACAAAAGAAAAACGGUUAAUCAAAUCAACAGACUUGGAAAAAUCUAAAAAGGUGCUGGAAAAUGGUGAAAGUCGAGAAACUGCAGUUCAUCGACCGAAAUGUGUUCAUCGGCGUAAUCGUUACAUACGAAGGCCAUUUGAUAUUGAUGACUUGUUAGGUUAUAAUAAAGAAAACAGCUUUGAACAAUUUGAAAUGAUUUUCGCAUCAUCGACAUGUAACAAUGGAUCAUUGAAGGCUGGCAAUAAGGACAAAACUGAAGUGCGACGGAGGAAAAAUAAAAAAGUUUGGAUAAGUGAACUGCAGGUUAGUUUCAUUCGGGCUCACACGUUGAUUAUACAGGCGUUUACCGGUUGA